GAGCAUUGGAAACGUGAUAACACCCAACGAUGCUGUGAUACUCUAGUAAACCACAACAGAAUCAGUGAGCAAUCAACAUAUAAAACAGGAAUCGAGAACAUCUACCCAAAGUUGUUGAUGUAGUACCUCAUGGACACAUACUGAUAGAAUUUUAAGUAAUAAUAUACGGUAAUGAACAUGUUUAACGCUGAGAGGGUUUUUGACUUUGCUCAUAACAGUGGUGGUGGGGCGGAGAAUGGACAAUAUGAGAGGAUAAACAACACCGGUGAGCAACUAGUUAACAAGUCGCCGACAAGGAUGCAGUGGCUAUCAUCUAAAGUUGGUAACAUUUCCAUCAAAGUCAAGAACGUCCCUUCAAAGAUUGAUGCUAUUAUACAUAAGGACUACGACGACAUGGCGUCUGGCAGUAGUAACGUGUCCUACGCUAACGAACGUCCUCUGACAGGCGGGGCAGGCAACAGUACCGGCGGUGGCUCUACCGGUGAUGCUGAUGAGGCUAGCGACCCAGCUCGUGGGGGAUUCUUUGCAACAGAUUAUAAAAAGCAUGAAGACCUCAAGUCAAUGCUUGAUAGUAACAAGGAUGGUUUAAAGUUAGAAGCAAUGAAGCGAAUCAUUGGAAUGAUUGCAAAGGGCAAAGAUGCUUCGGAUUUGUUUGCUGCAGUUGUUAAGAACGUUGUUUCCAAAAAUAUUGAGAUUAAAAAGUUGGUGUAUGUGUACCUAGUACGAUAUGCUGAGGAACAGCAAGAUCUUGCGCUUUUGUCCAUAAGUACAUUCCAAAAAGCUCUAAAGGAUCCCAAUCAGUUCAUCAGAGCCUCAGCCCUGCGUGUAUUGUCCAGCAUCCGAGUGGCAAUAAUCAUACCCAUUAUGAUGCUUGCCUUAAAAGACAGUGUGACAGACAUGUCUCCCUAUGUGAGAAAGACUGCGGCUCAUGCUAUACCUAAAAUGUACAGCCUAGAUCCAGAACAAAGGGAGCAACUUAUUGAAGUUAUUGAGAAACUCCUCUCAGAUAAAACCACAUUGGUAGCUGGUAGUGUUGUAAUGGCUUUUGAAGAAGUUUGUCCCGAACGAAUUGACCUGAUUCACAAGAAUUUCCGCAAACUUUGCAACCUUCUAAUUGAUGUUGAGGAAUGGGGCCAGAUUUCAAUCAUUAACAUGUUGACUCGUUACGCUCGAACCCAGUUCCUAGAUCCUAAUAAAGCUGACUACAUCCAAGAGGAGAAUGAGAAAUCUUUCUACGGAUCAGAAGAUGAUGAAAAGAAGGAAGAAGAUGACACUGAGGAAGGGGAGAAGAAAAUUCCAUACGUAAUGGAUUCUGACCACAGGCUGUUGCUAAGGAGCGCUAAGCCAUUGCUCCAAAGUAGGAAUUCAGCUGUUGUGAUGGCUAUAGCUCAGCUCUAUCAUCAUAUCGCCCCAAGGAGUGAGGUGGGCAUCGUUGCCAAAGCACUUGUUAGACUCCUUCGAAGCCAUAGGGAGGUACAGUCAAUAGUGUUGAGCAAUAUUGCCACCCUCAGUGCCAAACGGAGGGGCAUGUUUGAGCCGUAUCUCAAGAGUUUCUUCGUGCGCUCAAAUGAUCCGACCCAUAUUCGACUUCUAAAGCUGGAGAUAUUGACCAAUAUAGCUGGCGAGACCAGUAUUUCUACUAUACUUCGAGAAUUCCAGACAUAUGUAACUAGCUCAGAUCGUGAUUUUGUGGCUUCUACCAUUCAAGCUAUAGGGAGAUGUGCCAGUAACAUUAACGAGGUCACUGAUUCAUGUAUGAAUGGUCUGAUGGGUUUGAUGUCAAAUAGAGAUGAGGCUGUUGUCGCUGAGAGUGUUGUUGUGAUUCGUAAGCUUUUGCAGAUGAACCCAACAGAACAUAAGGAGAUUAUCCGGCAUAUGGCGAAACUAGCCGAUGCUAUUACAAUCCCUAUGGCAAGGGCUAGCAUACUGUGGCUCAUAGGGGAGUACUCAGAACAUGUGCCAAAGAUUGCACCAGAUGUUCUCCGCAAGAUGGCCAAGAACUUUGUCAAUGAAGAAGACAUUGUCAAGCUGCAGAUUCUCAACUUGGGGGCUAAGCUGUACCUGACAAACUCAAAACAGACCAAGCUUCUAUUCCAGUAUGUUCUAAAUCUUGCUAAGUAUGACCAGAACUACGAUAUCCGUGAUCGCUCAAGGUUCUUGCGACAUCUUAUCUUUCCUGGAGAAAAAGGUGGAGCUCUCAGCAAACAUGCAAAGAAGAUCUUCUUAGCAUCAAAGCCUGCACCAGUCCUAGAAUCGGUUUUUAAAGAUCGUGACCAGUAUCAACUUGGAUCACUUUCCCACGCUAUUAAUGCCAAAGCCACCGGCUAUAUUGAACUGCCCGAUUUCCCAGAGGACGCACCUGAUCCAACUGUCAGAAAUGUUGAGGAGGUUGUAACUUGGUCUAAGUCAAGGGACAAGGGUAAGAAGGCAAGGAAACCCAAGUCAUUUUACUCAAGUAGCUCUGAAGAUGAGGAUGAAGAUGAAUCCAGCACAGAUGAAAGUUCCAGUAGUGAAUCAGGCAGUGACUCGCAAUCCGGAUCCGAGUCCGAGAGCGAGUCAGAAAGUGAAUCGGAAAAAGGUAGCGAUAGUGACGACAGCAAAUCAUCGAUGGACGAAAAGGAAUCAUCGGAAAGCGCCUCUAUCUCCGAAAGUACCAGUUCAAGUUCAGAAAGCGACAGUGAUUCUAGUAUUGAAAAACCUGUACAUAAAAAGCCAUCACCUACAAAAAGUAAACCAGCGAAGAAAGAACCAACACUGUCAAAGAAGUCUGCUUCCAAGAAGAAAGAACCUGAGAUGCAGCUUUUAGAUUUUGGCGAUGACUUUGAAGCAACAACACCAACACCAGCCGCUCCUCCAGUUGCCAUGAAUUCUGUCUUGGUACCAACAUUAGCAAGUGAUCUACAGGGCUUAUCUCUUAUUGAUGAUACUGCAGGCAUAUCUGUAAGUGAGAAGAAAUUACAGGCAGGUAUGAGAUUACAUGAAUUCAAGGAGAUUACGGACUUGGACUCUGGUGACUCAACAACUGUUAAUAUUGGUGUUGAUUUCUGCGACACGAUUCAACCAGCAAAUUUUGAAAUACGGACUGAAUCAAGGAAAUAUAAUGUAAGCAUCAAAGCUCCUGUCGGUGAACUCGUACAGCCUGCAGUAAUGAAUGAAAGAGACUUCCAAACACAGCAAGGUAAAUUAGCUGGAAUGAAUGAAAACUCAGAAAAGGUUGAUAUUCCUGAUUCACUGAACAACCAAAAAGCAAUCAUGCAAAAAGUUGGUGAGGUUGCAAACGUUCAAGUUGUACCACCUAGCGAUCCUACCGCUACUACCUACCGGUUUGCUGGUAAGACCAUAUCAGACGGUACGCUGGUUUUGGUAACAGUAAAGGCUGACGGUAAUAAGAGUAAAGUAACAGUAAAUUGCGAGAAAAUGGUCAUAGGAAACAUGUUGCCAAAAGAUAUAAAAAAGUCUAUUCAAAAAUUGUGAUACUAUAACGAUAAAGAUGUGGAGUCAUUUGUGUUGUCUUAAGUCACUUGAAACUAGGAAAGAAAUAUAGAUAUUGGAAUAUAAUUGAUUUCAUAAGUACAAAUAAUUAGAUAAAAAUAUUUAUUAGUCAAAAACUAAACCACAUAAAAACAUCUGUAAAAUGUUGUUCUAACAACAGUAAAUUGUGAGAAAAUGGUCAUAGGAAACAUGUUGCCAAAAGAUAUAAAAAAGUCUAUUCAAAAAUUGUGAUACUAUAACAAUAAAGAUGUGGAGUCAUUUGUGUUGUCUUAAGUCACUUGAAACUAGGAAAGAAAUAUAGAUAUUGGAAUAUAAUUUAUUUCAUAAGUAAAAAUAAUUAGAUAAAAAUAUUUAUUAGUCAAAAACUAAACCAUAUAAAAACAUCUGUAAAAUUAAUAUUAUAUAAACCAUGGGGCCCACCAAUAAGUUUUAUAUUCAAAAAUAUAAUGAGGCACACUUGGAUGUGUUAUAAGCCAUCAUGAUUUGAAAAUGUUAAAUUAUAUAUUUGGUCAUCUUGAGGACGAGUUUUAUAGACAAUCUGACUUACUAGUGUCAUGAAGGUACCAUGCUGAUUUAUACUUGGGUGCCAGUUAUAAAUGAGAAUAACCAUUCAAAUUUGAAUCAAAUAAUAAAAGUACUAUAAAAACGCUUUUCAAAGCAGUUCCCCCAACGUGAUGAGGGUCCAGAGUUGGGUCCUGGACCCUUGAUGGCAAGGCAACUCAUCUGUUAUUGUGAUCAAUGUUUAAUGAUUAAAAUUUAUAUGCUGAAGAAGGUACUUGAAGCAAUUACAGUACAAGUUUACAGUGUAUUCAAUAUUAUCUGUAAGAUUGCAUGUGUAAAGUAGAAACUCUUGAGAAAAUUUAUUUUAAGUCUGUAAUGUCUUGUUAAUUGAUAAACUUACAAUCUGCAUGGUUUAUAUAUUCCUGGUCAAUAAUCUAUACAAAUUGCAGUUGUCUUCAAUUGUUGAUACUCUUAUCACUGUUUUGUAGUAUUUAUAAAUCUUAUUAUUUCUAUAUUACCAGAAAUAUUGAAAAGUGGUAACCUGUAGGCCUGUAAGAAAUAUUAUUAUUAUGCUUUCAUCUAUUUGUUGAUACACAAAUAGCCACGUCUUAGUUUGUAAAUAAUAUGUAUGCAAUGUAUAAUUAAUCGUAAAAAGUAUAGAAAUAGAUACCGGUAAGUAUUAUAAUAAGUGUUCGGUACUUAAAAAUAAAUUUUUUUCUUGUUUUGUGUUGCUAUGAAUUAAAAAAAUAACUGUGCCAUUCAGAGUGUAGAAAUAGUUUACUGCCAUGAAUAUUCAUAUAAAGUACAUGACAAAUUAUUGAAAACAUAUUUAUGAUUAUAUUGCACUCAAAAAAUCUCAUAUUGAGAUUACAAAAUAAAUAUAUAAUUGGUAAUUUGUUAGCUGUAAAUCCUACUUAUUAAGAAAAUUAUUGACAGGGCUAUUAUUGGAAGUAGUUAAGCCAGGCAUGUGGUGUCAGGUUUUGGUCACUUGUUAUGUUAACCUUUCAUCAGACAUAUGGUAGAGCAACUACCAACUCCUAACAGGGGGCAGACAUACUUUUUGUUUCAUUGGAUAUGUCUGAGGCUAGACGUCAGAUAUUGUUUAUCAAACAAUAUCAAGAUCGGAGAUUGUAUGCCCAGUAUUAAUACAGUUGAACUUGUCAAUCUUAUUUUACAUGCCAAAUUGUUGUGUUUCCAUUAAAAAUCUGUAAGUCAUUUUUGUUCUAAGUCGAACAAUAUUUCAAUGCAAUUUUGGAUUCGACUUAGGCAAGUUCAUCUGUAUAUUAUUGCAAGAUCUAAAAACUAAAUAAACUUAAGCCAUGCACUUUCAGAUACUGUUUUAUAAAACGGUGUAAAGCUCGAUAAACACAGAUCAAAAUAUAUAUACUGUACCUGUGCUUAGUAUAUUGUUGGUCAAGUUUUAGAGAAUACUUUUACUGUAGACCUUAAAACACAUGCUUUAAUGAUGUCAUCAGUAAAUAUUGUUGGAUAAUUACCGCCAGAAGGCUUUUGACUGACAAUGUUUGUGGAACAUAAUUUUUGAUUGGCUGAAACAAUGGCCAUGUCUUUCCUCUUGUUUUCUAUUUGUUUUUUCUUGUUUUUGUGUUUUAUAAUAUCUGAAUACAUUCCUGAAGGAAGGUAAAACUCUGUUGAAACAAUUUUAAAUUGUCAAUAAUGGUAUAUGCAGCAGCAAGAUAUAAAAUAGUGUGUAUGUAUGAAUAAAAAGAAAUAUAUUAUUGCCAUUGAA